AUGAAAAACUUCUCGUUUUUAAAGAAAAAGACGAUUCCAGAGGAAACUCGAAAAAUUCAAAUCAACGAUCGUGAAGCAAAUGCAUUGAAAACUUUUCCUAAAAAUGAAGUUUCCACAUCAAAAUAUAAUUUCGUAACAUUUUUACCAAAAAAUUUAUUCGAACAAUUCCAUCGUUUAGCCAAUGCAUAUUUCUUAUUUCUCCUCUGUUUACAAUUAAUUCCUCAAAUCAGUUCUUUACCACCUUAUACAACAAUCGUUCCACUGUGUUUCGUUUUAACAUUAACUGCCAUCAAAGAUGCCAUUGAUGAUCUCGGAAGACAUCGAAGUGAUAAACAUGUGAAUAAUCGACAAACACAAGUCAUUGAUGAAAAUGAUAUUAUCUUUAGAAAAUGGAAAGAUAUUCAAGUUGGAGAUAUGAUUCAAUUAGUUAAUGAUGAAUUUGUCACAGCGGAUAUUCUCAUCAUUUCAACAAGUGAACAAAAUGGACUUUGUUAUAUCGAAACAGCAGAAUUAGAUGGUGAAACGAAUUUGAAAGUUCGUCAGUCUCUUGAAGAAACGCAAAGUAUUGGUGAUGAUAUUGAUGAUUUAACAAAUUUUCGUGGUGAAAUUGAAUGUGAUUUACCAAAUAAUAAUUUAAAUAAAUUUCAAGGAAACUUAAAAUGGAAUAAUCAAACUUUACCUUUGAAAAAUGACAAUAUUUUAUUGCGAGGAACGAGAUUAAGAAAUACACAAUGGGUCGUUGGAAUUGUUCUUUAUGCUGGUUCAGAUACAAAAUUAAUGAAAAAUACCAAUAAACCAUCAUUUAAACGAUCCCAUAUGGAUAAAUUACUCGAUAAAAUUAUCAUUGGAAUUUUGAUCUUUUUAUUAUUUUUAUGUUUAACAAUGACAAUUUGUUGUUCAAUUUGGGAAUAUGAAAUCGGUUCAUCAUUUGUCAUUUAUUUACCUCAUGAAUCGUAUAUUUCAUCAAAUCAUCUUCGUGGAUCGAUUCAAAUUGGCUUUCUCGUCUUUUUAUCCUAUGUAAUCACUUUGAGUACAGUUGUUCCGAUUUCUCUUUAUGUCAGUAUUGAAUUUGUUCGUUUAUUACAAUCGAAAUGGAUCGAUUGGGAUAUUGAAAUGUUUUAUGAGAAAAAUAAUGUCUCUGCACAUGUUCGAACAACAACUCUUAAUGAAGAAUUAGGACAAAUUCAAUAUGUUUUCUCCGAUAAAACAGGAACAUUAACACAAAACAUAAUGACAUUCAAGAAAUGUUCAAUUGCUGGACAAUUGUUUGGAUAUGUUUAUGAUUCAAAUGGAACUGAAAUUGAAGAUUUAAAUAAAUUAGAAGCAGUUGAAAUGAACGGAGAUGAAGAAAAUUUUCUUUGGUUCGAUAAAAGUUUGAUCAAAGAAAUUGAAAAUCAUAAUGAAAAUGUGGAAAGAUUCUUUAUUUUAUUAUCAUUGUGUCACACGGUGAUGAUUGAAGAGAAAAAUGGACAAAUUUCGUAUCAAGCACAAUCACCCGAUGAAUAUGCAUUGGUUUCAGCUGCAAGAGCUUUUUAUUUUACUUUUCAAAAUCGAACACAAACAACAAUUACAAUUGAUAUUAAAGGAAAACAAUUCACGUACAAUCUUCUCAAUAUUUUAGAUUUUAACAACGAAAGACAACGAAUGUCGGUUAUCGUAGAAAAAGAUGGACAAAUUUAUUUGUUUUGUAAAGGUGGUGAUACGAAAAUCAAAGAACGAUUAGCUUCAAAUCAAAUUGAACUUCUCAAACAAACUGAUGAACAUCUCAAUAAUUUCGCCAAUGACAGUUUACGAACGUUGUGUUUAGCAUGGAAAUCAAUUGAAAAGUCUCAAUAUGAUCAAUGGGCAGCGAAACUCAAUGUUGCAAAUACAAGUAUGGAAAAUCGAGACGAAAAAGUGUGUGAAAUGUACGAAGAAAUCGAAAAAGAUUUACUAUUAAUCGGUGCAACAGGUAUUGAAGAUAAAUUACAGGAUGGAGUACCGCAAUGUCUUCAAAGAUUAACUCAAGCCGGAAUCAAAAUUUGGGUUUUAACGGGAGAUAAAAUUGAAACUGCGUAUAAUAUUGGUCUUUCAUGUCGAUUGUUGACGAAUGAAAUGGAAAUUCAAAUGAUUGAAGAAACAACAGAAGAAGAAGUCGAAGCGAAAUUAAGUCAAAUUCGAAAUUUGAUCAUCGAAAAAAUUGAAACUUUAUUUGAUGUUCAACCGAUUGACAAAACUCAACGUUUAAAUUGGAAACAAUUGGGAAUCGAUACAAAAAAUUUCGAUCUCUUUCGCAAAAAAUCUCUUCAAGCUUCAAUUCAAUCCGAUCUUGAAGAUUCAUUCAAUCAAUCCACUAUCAACGAAUUCUUCGAAGGUUUUGCCAUUUUAAUCACCGGUCAAGCAUUAAUUCACGCUUUAUCCGAUCGUCUUAAUAUGAAAUUCUUAGAAAUAGCGACAAUGUGUAAAGCAUUGAUCUGUUGUCGAGUCACACCAAUGCAAAAGGCACAAGUUGUCGAAUUGGUGAUCAAACAUGAAAAACAAACAACUUUAGCUAUUGGAGAUGGUGCAAAUGAUGUAUCAAUGAUUCAAAAAGCUCAUAUUGGAAUUGGAAUAAGUGGACAAGAAGGACAACAAGCUGUUUUAGCGAGUGAUUUUAGUUUUGGUCAAUUUCGUUAUUUAGAACGAUUAUUAUUAAUUCAUGGAAGAUUAUCUUAUCUUCGUGUAUCAAAAUUUUUACGUUAUUUCUUUUACAAAAAUUUCGCCUUUACAUUUUGUCAUUUUUGGUUUUCAUUCUUUUGUGGUUUUUCAGCACAAACUGUCUAUGAUCCAAUGUAUGGAGCUUUGUAUAAUUCCUUAUUUUCAACAUUUCCAAUCUUAUUUUUAAGUAUCUUCGAUCGAGAUGUCAAUGAUAAUUAUUCGUUAAACAAACCGUAUUUAUAUAUUCCCGGGCAAAAAGAUGAAUUUUUCAACAAAAAGCUUUUAAUCAAAAGUAUUCUUCAUGGAAUUUUAUCUUCAUUGUUCAUUUUCUUCAUUACAUAUCUCUCGAUAUCGAAUGGUAAAAUGAUUGAAAUGGAUCUUCAAUCAUUUGGAUUUUUAAUUGGAACAAUUAUUGUCAUCAUCGUUAAUCUACAAAAUGCUCUGCAAAUUUGGUAUUGGACGAUUUAUUAUCAUUUAGCAUUAUGGUUAACAAUUCUCAUUUAUUUUCUCUUUCAUUUAACACUUUAUUCGACAUAUUUAAUGAAAUUCUUUCGAACAAAUUACACUUAUGUCGGAGUUGCCAAACAAAUUCUCUUCGAUCCGAAGUUUUACUUGAUUUUAAUCUUAAUUUGUGUUGUUCUUCUUUUACCAGUAUUUAUUCAAGAAUUUUAUCGAAUGCGAUUCAUUCCCGAUGAGACGAACAAAGCUCGUUAUAAUCAAAAAUAUCGUUAUGAAGAAAAAGCACGAUUUAUUGAACAUAUUCGACCAAAGAAACAUUUGAGAAAACGUUUACCAAGAUCAAGUUAUGCUUUUGCUCAACAAGAAGGUUGGGGAAAAUUAAUAACAUCAGGAAUAAUGCAAACUAAAAAGAAACCACAAACAAGAGCAUCACAUGAUCUUAAUAUUCAUCAACGAAAAAGUCGAAUUUAUUCAUCAAAUCUUACUGGAACUUUAUAA